AUGAAAACAGUCAUGGCUCUCUUUCGGAACAAAUUCCAAAUUUUAAGUAUGAAUUCAUUAAAGAAUAAUUGGCGUCAAGCAGAAAUUUUUGAUACACAAGCAAAAUCUUGUGCUCAAAUUACAACUAAUAGAACUUUCUUUUGGACCACGAAGCAAAAAUCAGAGCCAAGAUCAAAAUGUGCAUAUUAUUCUAGACCACUUGAUAAUCCAUGUAUAAAUCCUUCAAAGUAUUGUGAAGAUUUAAAAAAGAAUAAAAAAGAAAAAAUUUGCAAGCCUCAGGAAUCAUUUUGGGCAUAUUUAUUUGGAGAACCGAAAUCAGAACCACUUCCCAAUGAUUGCUUUAAUCGUAGAUUGAAUUAUAAAUGCGAAGAAAAAUUAAGUGAAGAAACAUAUUCUCGAUUAAGUGAUCCUCGUUACACAAAAAAAGAUAUCCAUUUAUUUAGCGAAAACCCAAAACAAUUGUCGAAUAUUUGCUCUGAACCACAACCAAAACCACCUCCACCUUAUAAAAUUCCUACAUCUGUGACAAGCAAGAGAAUUGCAUCUGCGAUUGGGGGACACACUUGUGUUCACAUUCCCUUGCCCUCAAAAGGGGACAAUUGUAAAAUAAAGUGUACGGAACCAGAACCAUUUUGGAUUCCAUAUAUGGAAUUUCGACCAAGGGAACGUUUAAGAAGUCCUUUUACCUGUGAAAGUGGAAAGAGUGUCGAGGAUGUUGUACGUCCUAUUAACAAAAAUUUAUAUCCUAAUGGAAUAAAAUCAUUUGGAACAAAAACUGUUGAACCGAACGCGGAUAGGCCAACAAAAUUUUCUCCAUGUCCUUCAAGUUCAGAGGACGAAAGUUUUGCCAAUACUUGUAAGGGACGAAAAAAAUUGUCAAGAACUGAGAGAUUAAAAAUACUCACAUCCGGUAGAGAGGGUGUCUAUAAACCUAUGAAAUAAAUAAAUGCUAAAUUGUA